AUGCCUGCCGAAGUCGAGCAGAAACCAAAAUCCAAGCAUCGCAAGUCCACCUGCGCGGGCUGUCGGAGAAGAAAGUCAAAAUGCGACGGGAAAACACCCAAAUGCACCACGUGUAUCGCAUACAAAGACGACUGUCACUACGACAAGCCACCCUCACUCGCCUACGUGCGAUCGUUGGAGGAGGAAAUUCAAGAACUAAAAGCGCAAUUGCGACAGGCCAAGACCCAAGUGUGGCUAAGUCGGGCUGGGUCUCACGAUGACAAGAAGCUGCCUUCAGCGUCGCCCGCCAGCGAAACCGCCGGAUCGCAAAGCUCAAGUCAAGUCCUGGCACAUCGGAAUCGACAUGUCAAGUGGGAGGCCGACAUUAGUGUGGACGACAGCGGAAGUGUAACAUUCCACAACUCGACGUCUCCCAUCCACGAGCCACCCUCAGGUCAGGGUCAUCACCCGCCCAUAGCAGCCCAACUUAAUUACAGUGGAAGCCUUCACGAAGACCAGCGGGUGAAACGGGAUCUGAUCUUAAAUGCCACUCACCAGCGACAGAUUGAACCCUUCGCCAUUGCAAAUGGUGCCGCCAAGACAAAUGUGCCCAAGGAAAUCUCCCACGAACUGCUCAAGUAUCAUUGGUGCUGGCAGCAUCCUUUAUUUCUGUUUGUAUACCGGCCGGCGUUUACGAGAGGAAUGGCCAUGGUGGAUCUGAAUACGCCCGGUGCUCAAGAUCCCCCGUACUUUUCGGAAACGUUGCUAAAGGUGAUACACGCCCAUUGUGCCAGGUUUCUGAAUCACGACGUCUACCAGGACCAGUAUCAUAGUGUGCUGAACCAACACAGUCCCAUGGGGAGCUCGAUGAGCGCCGGAGAGUUUAUGCAAAAAAUGACCGACGAAGCGCGAUUUGGCUUGGGCAUGGAUAUGCUGAGGACCAGCUCGAUCCCAACCAUUCAAGCCCUCUUGCAACAGUCAGCGAGAGAAGUCAUGUUUGGAAGAUCCGCGCAAGCCUGGACGUUCUCGGGGGUCGCGUUUCGGAUGGCCUUGGACCUGGGCAUCCACCUCCCCAGCGACAAACUCCAAGCGUUGGUGAAAAGCCUGACCCCUGAAGACAUCGAGAUUCGAAAGCGGUUAUUCUGGAGUUGCUACACGUGGGACAAAAUCCUCUCGCUAUAUCUGGGGCGGAUGCCCGGUUUCACGCCCGCGGUGGAGGAAGUUCCCUUGACCUUCAUGGACGACUACAGUGACAGUGACCUCUGGUCACCAUACUACGGGGAGACGCCAACACCGGAGCUCGCGAAUGCCCCCAACUACCCACCUUGUCCUGGCUACGUGGUUUCAUGCUUCCGGCAGUUGUGCAAAAUUUGUGUCAUUCUCAACGACCUGAUGCACAACAUAUACUCGGCUGAAGCGGCCGCCCGCCGCGAGAUGGGAGAUGAAGACCACUCGGCCGAGGCCAAAACAGCCAGCGAGGCACCUUUUGGGAGAAUUUCGCGCGAUCUACGAGACUGGCUCAUUUCCUUGCCCCCUCAUCUACGAAUCAACCCCGACCAAAUGCCGUCUCUAGCACCACCAGUGCAUAUUAUGUCACUGAAUCUCCUCUACCAUACCACGGUGAUACUUCUACACCGCCCGCUUGUCCUUGGAGCACGAGACAUGAACGCACCAGGGCCGGCACGGUCAUGGCAAUUGUGUAUUCAGGCCACGGGCGCCAUCCACGAUCUGAUCAUGCUACAAGCGAAUACUUUUGGACUGAACCACGUCUCCUAUCUCAAUGCCUACAGCGUUUACAUUGCCGCGACAAUCGCCAUUCUUCGUUUCGAAAGAGAAUACCAACCGGGCGAGGAUCCUGCGGUUGCGGCACAAAAGCAUGGCUUGAACUUCCUCCUGGAGGUCUUGCAAAAGGCCUCGAGUACCAUGCCUGCUUUGGAGCGCAGCAACGCCAUCAUCCGAAAGAGAAUGAAGGCCGCGUUGGAUCGCCAGAAGGCCCAGCAGGGUCCGGUGAGGAGGACGUACUCGAACGGAUCAACACCACCCACCGCGAAAUUCAGCAUUCCCACGCCAACGAGUCAUCAGAUGGAUCUCGCACAGCCGACGGCCUUUCAAGCACUUUCAAAUCCGGCUUUGGUGCAUGGAGCCUACUCACAACCAGAUACGCCGGGCUCCUUCGCCGCCCCCAUGCAAUGGCAGUCAGGGAUGAGGAGCAGCCUCUACUCGGAACCCGCACACGCGCCCGAAGACUUCUUGCCAGCUUUCCCUGGACAACAGUUCCCGGUAGGCUCCGAGCACAGCUUUGGCAGCAACGAGGUCGAUCCGCACGCGAGGACGGCGCUGUUAGGUUACAAUCUUGAUCCACACCCCAGGUUGAGUACGGGAGAUAUUGAUUGGAACUUCAUGGAUUCUUUUGAGGGCCAGUCAGUCCAUAUGUGA